AUGGCACGCGGGGCAAUCCUCACGGUUCGUAUUCCGCGAGGCCAAAACAACCAGAUUGGGAGGAUGAUGUCUUCCUUCUUGGUGAUGGAAGGCAGAUAUUACUGGCAACGGGACUUCGUCAGCGAAUCUAUUCCCGCGCCGUUUAUCGUGGGAAGCACCAAAAAUCGUGAUAACCGUUUUGUGUACCUCGUUCUCGAUAAUGCCAGUGGUGAUACUGCAAUCAGGCAAGGGAUCUUGGAUGGGCUCUCUUCCUUGGGUGGAGAGUAUUCACAUUAUGGAAAGAUGAAUGUUGCGGUUACAGGAACGCACUCACACGCGGGACCCGGAGCAUGGCUGAACUACCUCCUACCACAAAUUACAAGCUUGGGGUUUGAUAAACAGAGUUAUCAGGCAAUUGUCGAUGGGGCAUUGUUAUCUAUCAAGAGAGCUCAUCAGAGCUUGGCUCCUGGACGGCUGACGUUUGGAUCUACCGAAGUUGAGGACGCCAAUAUUAACCGCAGCCCAUCCGCAUAUCUUGCGAAUCCUGAAGAAGAGAGAAAGCGUUACACUUCAGAUGUUGACAAGACAAUGACCCUAUUGAAGUUCGAUCGGCUCGCCGAUCAGAAAACUAUCGGUAUCCUUACAUUUUACCCUGUGCAUGGAACAUCGCUUUUCGGUAACAAUACCCUUGUUGCUGGAGAUAACAAGGGAGUUGCUGCAUACUUGUUCGAGAGAAGUGUUAAGGAUGAUGUCGAAUAUGCAGAUGACUUUGUGGCCGGCUUUUCCCAAUCCAACGUUGGAGACACAUCCCCCAACACGCUUGGGGCUUGGUGUGAGGAUGGAUCUGGUCUCCGGUGCACCUUCAAAGAGAGCACUUGUGGUGGAAAAACCACAGGUUGUCAUGGUCGUGGCCCCUAUUUCCGUGAAAUGGACCAGGGCACGAAAAGUUGCUUUGAAAACGGUCGCCGACAAUUCUCAGCAGCAAAGGACCUAGUCGCGAAAAUGAAGUCAACAUCCGUUAAAAUUCAUGGAGCUGAUAGUGUGGCCGCGUUUCAUACCUUCAAGGACUUUUCAAACUUUACUUUCAGGUCUCCGCUUGAUGCCGGCCGUGGCGAUCUAGAAACUUGCUACGCCUCCCUUGGGUUUUCAUUCGCUGCAGGCACCACAGAUGGUCCUGGGGUGUUUGAUUUCACCCAGAACGCAACCGGCGGGUCCACAAAAAACCCAUUCUGGUAUUUUGCAAGAGACCUCCUCCACGCCCCUUCGGAAAAGCAGAAGAAAUGCCAGGAGCCUAAAACCAUCCUUCUUGACGUUGGUGAAUCGCAAUUACCCUACUCCUGGUCUCCAAACAUUGUAGAUGUCCAGCUGCUUCGUGUAGGCCAAAUGAUCAUAAUUGUGUCUCCCGGUGAAGCCAGCACAAUGGCUGGCAGACGAUGGAAAGAGGCUAUCGCCAAAUCGGCAACUGAUAUCCUCGGCAUCUCCGACCCUAUUGCUGUCUUGGGCGGCCCUGCAAAUACUUAUACUCAUUAUAUCACCACAGAAGAAGAAUAUAGUGUCCAGCGUUACGAGGGAGGAUCCACACUCUAUGGUCCCCAUACCCUAGCUGCUCACAUGAAUCUGACUCUCACAUAUCUGCCAUAUCUCAGAGAUACUCCUUCUAGAAAAAAAUUGCCACCCCUCCCUAUGGGGCCUGGCCCACCAGUUAAUACGGACAUAUCAUAUUCUUUCAUAACUCCAGUUGCCUACGACACCGCGCCCAUUCGAAAAUCAUUUGGGGAUGUUAUCUCCUCCCCAGAAAAAUCCAAAACGUACAAGCCAGGGGACACUGUUAAAACAAAAUUCAUUGGCGCCAAUCCACGCAAUAACCUUAAGCUCGAAGGGACAUUUACUGCUGUUGAGUAUUCCGCACCAGGGUCGAAUAGCUGGGAAGUAGUUCGGGAUGAUUUCGACUGGACGUUGGUUUAUCAUUGGAAGCGCGUCAAUCCGGUUACAGGCACCAGUGAGGUUACCGUUGAGUGGCUUAUUGAUGACGACUACUAUUCUGUUGGGAACCCGAGAAAACUCAAGAGUGGCACCUAUCGCAUGCGAUAUUUCGGCGACUCUAAGAAGUUGAACGGGGAUAUCUCACAAUUUGAAGGCACUGGGGACACUUUUCAGGUACAGGUGUGA